GAGAGAGAGAGAGAGAGAGAGAGUGAGGACACUCAUCAUCGUUCUUUCGUUAUUAUCGUUAUCAUAUUUCACUUCACUCCCUCAUCCCUUUUAUUUCUUACAAAGAAGAGCAACUACAACAACAAGAAGAUUACGCCAAACGAUGUCGUAUGUGCCUCCGCACCUCCGAAAUAACGGCUCCGCGACCGUCGCCACCGCCAGAACCCCCUCCGUAACCCUAGACAACAACAACCACCACCACAACCAUAACAACCACCACAAGCUUGCAUUCACCUCCAACAACAACAACAACACCAACGCCAAUGGCUCUCCCUCGCUCCCCUCCUUCCACAAUGCCUCUCGCCGGAGCUCCGCCGCACCUCCGUCGCCGAGGAUUUUCGCCACACCUGACCCCGUCUUCCCGCAAUGGCAACCCUCUGAACGCGCUUCGCGUAUGACUCCGGAGCAGAUUGAAGAGGUCCGUUCCCGGCUUAAUCUUGAUGUUACUGUUGCAUCUGAUUCUCCUCCUGCACCUGCACCAAUAGAAUCGUUUACUGAUAUGUGUUUGCACUCAAGUAUCAUGAAGGACAUUGCUUACCAUGAAUACACCAGGCCAACUUCGAUCCAGGCACAAGCCAUGCCAAUUGCUCUCAGUGGAAGGGAUUUAUUGGGUUGUGCUGAAACUGGUAGUGGAAAGACUGCAGCUUUCACAAUUCCUAUGAUACAGCAUUGCUUGGCCCAACCUUCAAUUCGGCGCAAUGAUGGUCCUCUGGCAUUAGUUUUGGCUCCUACCAGAGAACUAGCUCAACAAAUAGAAAAAGAGGUUAAAGCUUUUAGCAGAUCCCUUGAGUCAUUAAAAACUGCUAUUGUUGUGGGCGGAACAAACAUUGAAAAGCAGAGGGCAGAACUUAGAGCAGGGAUUGAAAUAGCAGUUGCCACGCCUGGAAGAUUCAUUGAUCACUUGCAACAAGGCAAUACUUCCCUCUCUAGAAUUUCUUUUGUUGUUCUAGACGAAGCAGAUAGAAUGCUGGAUAUGGGUUUUGAACCACAGAUAAGAGAGGUAAUGAGAAGUCUUCCUGAGAAGCAUCAAACAUUGCUUUUUAGUGCAACAAUGCCUGUGGAGAUUGAAGCAUUAGCAAAGGAGUACUUGGCUAGCCCAGUGCAAGUGAAGGUGGGGAAAGUGAGUAGCCCAACAACUAAUGUUUCACAAACGCUUGUGAAAAUUUCUGAAAACGAGAAGAUUGACCGACUUCUAGACUUACUUGUAGAGGAUGCAUCACAGGCUGAAAAAUGUGGCCAUCCAUUUCCAUUAACAAUUGUGUUUGUUGAGAGGAAGACAAGGUGCGAUGAAGUUGCUGAAGCAUUGGUAGCUCAAGGAUUAUCUGCAGUUUCUCUUCAUGGUGGUCGCAGUCAGAGUGAAAGAGAGGCUGCCUUGCAUGAUUUUCGGAGUGGCUCUACCAACAUUUUGGUUGCCACUGAUGUUGCAUCUCGUGGCUUGGAUGUCACUGGAGUGUCCCAUGUCAUCAAUCUAGAUCUUCCCAAGACCAUGGAAGAUUAUGUACACCGGAUUGGAAGGACGGGGCGUGCAGGAUCAACUGGAUUAGCUACUUCAUUUUACACUGAUCGUGACAUGUUCCUUGUUGCAAAUAUAAGGAAGGCAAUAGCUGACGCCGAAUCUGGGAACACGCUGACAUUUGCAACCGGAAAGGUUGCUAGACGGAAGGAGAAAGAAGCUGCAGCUGCACAAAAAGAGGCAAAUAUUGCUUUAUCCAAACAGUUAGGAUUGGGAGCUGCUUCAAUUAACAUCGAAGAUAAGUAUAAAUUCAUGAUUACUGCCGCAAACAUUAAAAGAGAGGGCGCAGCAGAUAGUGCCUGGGACGAUUAAUGUGUUGUCUGGUGCUUGCCACAUUUGAUUGAUGACACCUGAUAAAGCCCUUAAGUGCUGGUGCAUUAUUGAUAUAUGUUCUUCAGACCAAGUGCAUUUAUAGGUCUGUUGCUGAUGACGGUGAUGGAGAAGUUUCUAGUUAAGAUUCCAAGUCUACGCUACGUGUUCUUUUCGCAUCCUUGUGGUAGGUAGCUAGCACACUAGUGACAAGUAGCUUGCUAGACGCUUAGGUGGUUUGUAGAGUAGUCAUAUAGGUAGUGCAUCUUUUGUAAUCGUAGAAAUAUUCAUGUUUUUUUUUAAUUGUUUUGCGU